AAAUAAAAUCAAAUUUCGAAUAAAGACAAAUAAAGAACAAAUGACUUGUCCGUAUUUUUCAGACGAGAAAUAAAGUUUAUAUUAUUAUGUAGCAUUUUCCAGUGUCGAUAGUCACUGUUGUUCAUGUAUUUUUUAUUAAAAUAGUGUUUAAUCUUAACAGUUAUAAGUUGAAGAAGUGUUAAAAUGGCUAACGCAGAUUUUAGAAAGGAUGUGACUAUGCCUGUUCGUCCAAGAAGUGUCUAUACAGCGCACUCCUAUAAUCAGGAGGAGUCGAAUCUGUCCGCAUUCCAAGACUACAGCAAGUUUUUGGAAGGUGGACUCGGGCAGGCGGAGCUUAUGGGUGCUGCAGGGUGGCAGCCCCCGUGGCGAGCACCUCUGCCGCGCAAGGCCUCCUUCUACCCAGGGGACGACAUAUACCACGCGGAUACGUGGCGCGAACUCGAGGUAACAGAUGUAAUGGGGGGCGCCGGAUACAAUGCGUCGGUAACACCCCACGGGACCGUCUGCUUGAGACUGAGGGACAGAGUCAAGGUGGACAUGACGAUCGACGGAGCGGUGCGCGUGACGAACGCGAAGAACAACAUAAUCCUGGCGCUGUCGCGGUCCGGUGCCGCCGCUGCCCUCAUACACCCCAACGGGCGCGUCUACCACUACGGCUCCAGGGUCGAGAUACAGGCUCGUCACCAACAGGGGAACAACAAGUACGCGAAGAUGUGGUACAAGGGCGUGUCGUUCACGGCGGAGCAGUGCGCGCUGGUGUACCUGGUGGACGCGGCCGGCACGCGCACCACCACCGACACCUUCCUCGACAUGAGCCAGGACUUCACGCUCAACGUGUUCUACAACGAGUCCCGUCACGGGCCGACGUACGUGAACGAGGCGCUGUCGCUGCUGCAGGCGGCGCAGUACUGGCUCACCGACGACGGCAUCGACAACUGGAUCAUCAACAACGUGCGCGUCAGUCAGACCGCUGACGGACUCGUCAGGAUCCACCGCUGCAGUCACAAGUACCAGCUGCGCACGAGCCCGAGCAACGGCUCCGCGUCCAUCACUAGCCCCUUCCUGCACUGCACCGCCUCGCUUGGACAGACGCAACAUCUCUUUGUGAGGCGCGGCGAGAGACGGAUGCACUUCGAUGGCAACUCGUUCAUUGUGCGCAACGCGGGCCACUCGGCCGGCUUCGACGACAAGAACCAGCUGAAGGUGUACUGACAUCCCGCAGGUCCGCCGCGCCACAGCCUGGGCGGUGCGUCGGCGCCGCUUCAACAAGUAGUAUUCUUACCUCAUGAUUGUGUUAUCUCGUUUGUUUGAUUUGUAUCGAAACACGUGGACAAGUCGCGUUGAAAGUUAACCGUGAAUGUGUCGUUUUAUUUGUGCCAGUGUAGUGUAGUUUUUGAUAUUUUUAAUUUGUACCCGCAGCCGAUGUCUUUUGCGACUGCCGAGUUUCGUAGUCGACGUGUGAGUGCGCUCCAGCGGUCACACUCCUAGUGAUAAGAUUACAGUUUCAUGACUAAGUGUUAGAUCAAAAGUUGCCAAUCUGAUGCUCCGCUUGUACAAGUUGCUUUUGUAAUACAUUUUUAUACGGUGAAGUGUAGCGCAGUGUGUUUUCCUUCGGUUUUUAUGACUGUUUACUUGCGAUGUUUUUAUAAUGCUUUAUUUACCGCGUUGUGUGACAAACAUGAGCAAUCCAAUUCAUAAAAUAUGCGAACGGAUUGGUUUGUUGAACCAUAAUCUUGCAGCGCAGAGCAAUUGUUCAAUCGAAUGAUAUUGAUAUUACAGAUCAGUGAAUGCUUGAGCUCGGCAGCGUAUUGUCAGUUUUAAUAAAUGUUUGGGAAUAACGACUUGUCCACUUAUGUUUCUUUGUGUAUAAAACUUCAAGUAUGAUGUUAUGGAAAUAUAACAAUGUGUGCUUCAA